AUGUUGGAUGGAGGAGAGAGUGAGGAGAACGCCCCGGAGAUCACGUGGGGUCAGGCCAACACCCACACGGCCUACUUCGGCGACCUCUCCUCCACCAACGUGACGGCCGUGGUGGGUCACAAGGCCUCGCUGCCCUGUCGCGUCCUCAACCUUGGCAACAAGGAUGUGUCCUGGAUCAGGCAGCGAGACCUGCACAUCCUGACGGUGGGAAUCUUCACUUACACCACAGACGACAGGUUCAAGGCGUUCCACCCACCAGAGAGCGAGCAGUGGUACUUGGAGAUCAACCCCGUCACCUUCAGAGACGCGGGCGUGUACGAGUGCCAGGUCUCCACCAGCCCCAAGAUCUCCCUGCCCAUCAUGCUGGGUGUUGAAGUGCAGCAGGCGCGGGUGGAGGGGCCAACGGAGGUGUACAUCCAGAAGGGGUCGACAAUCCGUCUCACGUGUGUCGUCAACACCCACUCCGACAACGUCGGCGCUGUCGCCUGGUUCCGCGACACCCAACCACUCGACUACGACUCCCCCAGGGGUGGCGUGAGUGUAGAGAUAGAGAAGACACCUUCGAGGACGACGUCCAAGCUGUUCCUCACGCGGGCUGGCAAGGCCGACGUUGGCAACUACACCUGUGUCCCUCAGUACGCUGACGCCGCCUCUGUCCUGGUGCACGUGGUCAAUGGGGAAGAGUCCGCGGCCGUCCAAACUGCAGGUGCCGUCACAGCACACAUGAACAGUUUAAUAGUUUUCUCUUAUAUGUUCACUUACAAAUUUGCAAGUUUGCAAUCGUGCUCGGGCUGCGCUUCUACAAAAAACGUUCCUAAGAUUGCUGAAGAGCAGAAGCGAAAAGGAAACAGCUCAAACAAAAAUAAAGCAGAUAAAUCACUAGAUCCUAGUGAAGAAAACAUUGAAUAA